UGAAGACUGGUUUGGCAAGAUACAUGAUACUUUACUGAUGCUUCAACCGCAUAGCACCCACCUUGGUAGGAUAGUAAUUACCCCGUCCCCAAGGCCAAAAGAGUGCCAGAAGAAGAGAUAUUCGAGCCAGCUGCAGUCGAGGCACUUUGUAAUUAAAGUGGACAGAAAGUCAAAGAUGGUACCACUGGGUCUCCUCUGUAUCCUGCUCAUGGCGGGGUCGAUCACCGCUACCGCCGUGCCGAAGCCGGACUACUCGCAGGUGAUCGCUCAGGCGGCCUGCUCGGGAGUUAUCGGGGCCGAGUCCGCCUACAUCUGGGCGGUACCUCGGGACUGCACCGCUACUGGGGACGGGAUGACCUGCAACCAGGUCUGUCGGGUACACCAGCGCACCCUGUUGGACCAGACCUCCAGCCGACGACCACACGUGUUCUGCUUUGACGCCUUCCAACUUCACUUCAUCCGGACGUCCGAGACGGGCUAUACCAAGACGUACCACUACGGGGGUGUGCAGGGGUGCUCGUGGCGGGCCAACCACUGCGGGCCCAACUUCUGCUGCUGCCGUACCCCGUAUUAAAACGGCGUGGCCUUGUUACCGUGCAAAAGCGCCACCUUAAGUAUGUUUCAUUACCUAAGCGUAUUUGUUCAAGUGAAUACAAGCCACGCAGACCUUGUACCUAAGAUACAUUUAACUCAUUUAUAGCAUCACGAAAUUUAUAAUUGCAGACCCAACU